UCUUGAUCCGUCCUGUUUCUCCUGAGGUUGCUGCUUAGUGUCUAGAGAUGCCUGUCCAUAGAAGAGCAGCAGGCUAUCUACAUGGGUUUUCAGGAGUCCAGGAUCUCCUUUAGACUAUUAAAAAGUUAUUCACCUUGACUCCUGACAAUCUGCUGUUUUUAUGGCAUAGGGACUCCAUGAAAGAUGUCAGAGGAGGCGAUUGUUAUUGCCAAGUGGGACUAUACAGCACAGCAAGACCAGGAACUUGACAUUAGGAAAAAUGAGCGCUUGUGGCUCCUGGAUGAUUCAAAAACGUGGUGGCGAGUACGAAAUGCAUCCAACAGAACGGGCUAUGUCCCUUCCAAUUACGUCGAACGCAAGAACAGUCUAAAGAAAGGCUCUCUGGUGAAAAAUCUCAAAGAUACACUUGGCCUGGGAAAAACGAAACGCAAAACGAGCACACGGGAAGCCUCUCCAACACCCAGCACAGAUGAGUACUCGUCUAACGGGGGUGGAGCGGAACGAAUAUAUGACCUGAACGCUCCAGCGGUGGUGAAGUUUGCCUACAAUGCAGAACGGGAGGAUGAGCUCAGCCUGGUGAAGGGAGCCCAGCUGAUGGUGGUCACCUGGAGUGGUUCACCUAAAUGA